UAUUUACAUAAAUCUCGUCUCCAUCAAGCCUCUUCGUUUUCUUCCAUCCCCAUCGAUCUCGAUCUCGAUCUCGCGCUUCAAUGGCGGGCCUCUCUCUACAAUGCGGAGACUGUGGGGCCUUACUGAAAGCCGUCCGACGAGGUCAAUCGCACGCUGAGCUCACAUCUCACACCAAUUUCUCUGAAUCCACCGAAGCCGUGCUCAAUCUCGUUUGCACUACUUGUGGAAAGCCCUGCAGAUCGAAAACGGAAAUGGAUCUGCAUACGAAGAGGACUGGCCAUGGGGAUUUUACUGAUAAGACGAUGGAGACAGCGAAACCGAUUGAAUUGGAGGCGCCCAAAGCGGCGGAUGCCGUUGAGGAGAGUCCUGGUGGUGCUGAGAGUAGCGAUCUGUCUCAAGAGAUGGUUGUCCCAGAUGUUGAUAAAAGUCUGUUUGAACAACUCGAAUCUAUGGGCUUUCCGCCUGCACGUGCAACAAGAGCGCUUCAUUAUUCUGGUAAUAGCAGCAUUGAGGCAGCUAUAAAUUGGGUUGCAGAGCAUGAGGAUGACCCAGAUAUUGAUCAGAUGCCUCUGGUGCCUGUUAAUGAUAAAAAGGAAGCUAGCAAACCUUCUCUAACGCCGGAAGAAGUAAAGAAGAAAGCACAGGAACUAAGGGAACGUGCUCGCAAGAAGAAAGAAGAAGAAGAGAAGAGAAUGGAAAGAGAAAGAGAAAAGGAAAGAAUACGCAUUGGUAAAGAGCUUUUAGAAGCCAAACGAAUGGAGGAAGAAAAUGAAAGAAAACGAAUAAUGGCACUGAGAAAGGCAGAGAAAGAGGAAGAGAAGAGGGCGAGAGAGAAAAUUCGUCAGAAGUUGGAGGAGGACAAGGCCGAGAGAAGGCGGAAACUCGGGUUACCUCCUGAAGAACCUUCAGCUCCUAAACCUGCCUCCCCUGUGCCGGAGAAAAAGAGUGCAUUUUUACCAGUCAGACCUGCUACAAAGGCGGAGCGCAUGAGAGACUGUUUACGAUCACUCAAGCAAACGCACAAGGAUGACGAUGCUAAAGUAAAGAGAGCGUUCCAAACACUUCUUACUUAUAUCGGAAAUGUUGCGAGAAACCCAGAUGAGGAGAAAUUUAGGAAGAUUAGACUCAACAAUCAAACUUUCCAGGAUAGGGUUGGCAGCGUUCGAGGGGGCAUCGAGUUUCUAGAGAUAUGUGGAUUUGAGAAACAAGAGGGCGACGAGUUUUUGUUUCUGGCGAGAGAGAAGAUCGACAUGGCUGUUUUGAACUCUGCAGGAUCUGAACUCAACUCGGCCAUUGCCAACCCGUUCUUUGGUGUUCUUUAAAGCCAUAAAGAUUACUGUUGAUUUCAGUAAUGGAUAUUGGCAGAAAGGUCAAUAUUAGUACAACACAUGUGGAACAGUGGGGGAAAAACAUAUCUUUUGACUGUAGUGUAUGUCACAUAAACUCCGAAAGUUGCGCAUUAUUAUUAUUAUUAUUUUCUGUUUCAAAAAAUGACCAUGUUAAAUGACUUUAUGUGCCGAGGGUUGGAAGUCCUUAUUGCUUUUUUAUUUUUA